AUGGGACUGUCAAACAGCAUGAAGAAUAUUGUGGAUGCCUCAGCUGGUGGGGCAUUCUUGAGCAAAACCUGGAGAGAAGGCCAGAAUCUGCUUGACAAGAUGAAUCUGCAGUCCAAUCAGAUAAACCUAAGGCAUAGAAGAUAUCAUCUGCCACUGAGAACUGUAAUUGGUGUAAGUUGGCCUUCCAUAAGAGAGUCACCCGCAGCUUCAUUCGACGAUGGAGCUCUGGCUGGCCAUAUAAAUGCAGGUUUGACUAUGGCGGAUGAAAACAUUACCAACGGCGAGGUUUAUGACGAUGCGCCGGUGGAGAUCGCCGUCGACGAAACAUCUGAUGUUGCCUCGAAAACAUCUGCACUGAAAGAGAAGAUAGCGGCACUGGAGCAAGAGAAAUCCCAGCUUCUUCACGAGAACGAUGUGAUCAAACAGCGAAUCGAGAAAUUGAAGAGCUCAAUCGAGGAGUCCAGAACAAAAAUUCGAAUUGCUGAAGAAAAAAAGCAGAAAGCAAUACUUUUGGGCUAGCCACUGUAAUUAUUUUGGGCUAUAAAAUGUGUAUUGUAAUUUUGUAAAAAUUACACGGGACGCCCCU